AGCUGAACACGGAUUAUUUGAACGUUGGAUUUUACCAAGCCGGUCCUGGAGGUGUUUCUGUGAACCGUGCAAAUAUCGAUAAUAUAUAUCAGCGACAAAUCAACCUAUCUGAGUCUGUGCUGCUUACCUAUGAUCCCACAAGGACUAGUAGAGGUCAAAUUGGUCUUAAAGCUUAUCGUCUUUCCGAAGCUGUACUUGCUGCUAGGUUUGAAGCUGAGGAACGUCUUCGUCUCAGUGGGAAUCAAAAGGGUCCUGAGGUUCCAUGGGAAUGUGAGGCAGCAGGUAGUGUUGGUCGUAGCAGUUUUACUCGUGUUUUGGAGGAAAUACCAGUUGUAGUACAUAAUUCACAUCUUGUAAAUAUUCUUUUAACGGAGAUUGUUGAUAAUCAAGAAUUUUCACGGUCAGAGCUUUCUGCAAAUUCUUCAAUACUUGAUCUGGCACCACCCCUUCCAACAGAUCAUCCUGGCCGUUACUCUACUCUUAAUUUGAGCAUGGCUUCUAGUUUGGAGCAACAGCUACGUUCUCUGCUUGCUGGUCUAGAUACCGUACAUGACUACCAAUAUCUGUACCAGCGCAGUUUAACUAAAUCUCAAACUGCCAUCACUGGCAAGCCGACGACGGAAACACGUAACCGGGAGUUAGCACCAAUUCGUCUGGAUACCGCGUUGAUAUCGGCUCAACUUGAUUUCUAUUGUAACAGUCUUUCCCAGAUGGCUGGUCAAACAAUGGGUAAAUUGAUGCUUACACAGGCUGUACAAGAGGCAAGUUUAGCUGGUACCACUAAAUCUCAAAGACUUUAGAAGAUAAAAUGGUCUUUCAUGAAACUGUUGUGUAUAACAUGAAAAAAGUAUAUAUAUAUUAUGGUGUUUGUAAAAUUUUCUUUGUUUACUUUUUCGCGUGUGCACAGUUUCAGUUGGAUGUUGUUAGUAAAGUCUUCAAAAUAUGCUAAUCUGUAGUAUGCUAAUAUCAACCGUUAGUGUAAGGCAUCUCUGAAAAGUUUCUGACUAAUUAUCGACUGUACAUUACUCGAAUCUGUACUAAUUUUGAUGUGUUGAAGCGUCUAUAAUUUACUUGUCAACUCGGUAGAUGAAAAUGUUCAAAACUGAUAUAUACUUAGGCUGUUAAUAUGUCUGUCUAUCUAUCUGUUUGUAUAUUUCGACCAUUCAUGAAGAUAGAAAGUUAUCCUUGAAAAGAAAUACUUUUUUUGAAGCUUCUCUAACGUGUACAUCAUUACAAGCGUGUGCUUGCUGAAGUGUAUUCCACAACAUUGUCAUUGAGAUGAAAACAUGAUAAGAAUAAUAUUCA